AUGCUAGAGAAAGAACAGCGUACACACCUCUUGUCGCUGAAUGAGGAUACUCUCUUCGCAGUCAUCUCUCAUCUCUCUACCAACGAUGCACUCCUGCUAUCUGCGACCACUCGCGUACUGCACGAUCUAGCCACUCGCCAUGCUCUCUCUUCUGUGAAGAUCCGCUUCCGGGACGCUGCCCAUUUCAAGACAUUUUGCAGGUAUCUUCUCGCAGACAUACCCAAUCGGUUAUAUUGCGUGCGACGCCUCGAGGUCAAUGCCGAAGCAUGUGAUGGUCCAGAUAUGCUGGAUGUAACAGUUCCUCCGCUGCUAGCAGAUCUCCUGGAGAAGAUCAGACCAGGCCAUCUGCAGGCAUUGGUUUUGUAUCAGCCAGAGUUCAUAAUCGGUGGGGAGUCUCGUAUCCAGGCUGCGAUAUCAGCUCUUCCCGAGCUCGUGGAACUCCGAUUGGAAGACUUUGCUGGGGUGAAGUCUGUCCAGUCUCUUGUGGGCUUCAGCCCGGUAUUACGCAAGUUGGCGCUCAAACUCGACUUUCAAGUCCAAAUCGGUGACGUUCUGGCUGGUAUUUCCCACAUGCAACAACUCGAGUCGCUCGAGUUGUCCGGCGGUGAGCCGCCUUUUCUUGAACCGAUCAUCGACGCAGGUCUGCGUUUGCCUACGGUUCGCUACCUUCAUCUAAGCAGUAUAUGCGACUCUGUUUUCGUCCAUUCGUUCCCUAACGUACGAAGAUUCCGUCUGGAGGACUUCUACCACUGGUCGGCGGGCAGUCAAUCUGGCGUACGUGGUUGGCAGCGCUUGGACUAUGUCUGUACAGCAUUCAUGGCUCUGCAACGAUGGAUGCUCGCCUGUCCGAUCCAUUGGCUGGACCUCAUGGCCUUUGAGAUGUAUCCGGAAACUCCAGAAUUCGACGAGAUGUGUGCUGUGCUCCAAAAACAGAUCCGCCCUGCAGUAUUAUCUCUGCGCGUCGUAGAGGAAGUGUCCGACAGUUGGACAUGCUUGAUCGACACAUUGCCAGACACACGAUGCUUGGAACUCGUGAUAUACAAUGCAGAGGAGCCACAUGCCGAUCAAAUGAAACUUGGCCAAAUAGACUUUCCCGCCCUGCUUGCACGACAGAACAUCAUGUACAUCCAAAUAUACCUCGAUUCUGUCGCCACGGCCAAGCACCCGGAGGUGGUUCUAAGUGGCAAGACAGGAUCACACACCCCUCUCUCACUCUCAACUAUUGCAGAAUUAGAUGCAACCAUGGCCGCGAAGGCGCACAGGCUCGCGUGCUCCAUCCCGUCACUGAAGUAUAUCGCCCUUGGCUGGAGGCGGCCCGAAAAUGAUGCAGAGCUAGACUUUCCUCCGACGGUGCGGGCGUCUUGGUGGCGAGUCGUUGGGUCUGGCGAGGGUCGUGCUGUGGAACCAAUGUCGAUGGAGCUGGGGGAAUGGGUGAGCGCUCAAAUGCGCACUCCGGGUUGUAAUUUUGGGGCGCUGUGA